UACACUAUGACAUGGGAGUCGUUAACUAGUCACUGCUGCUGAGUGCUGAGUGCUGAGUGCUGAGUGCUGUCUCUGCCCCUCUGAAGAACGAAAGAGAAGGAGGCUGAAGGCAGUAAUCAGUUGAAGCAAUGGCGUUUGCGCGCUCUCUUCUUCUUUCCGAUUCCAUUACCGUCGUCAUCUUCUUAGCCUUCUCUCCUCUCCUCCACUCUUCCCUCUCAGCUUCAGCUGAACCUACCGACCAAUUCACCUCCCAAAUUCACCAAAUCAACCUCAAAAUUGCUCAUUUAGAAUCGGUUCUUGAAGAGAAUAAUAACAAAUUAAAGGAAAGAGAUGCCUAUCUGGAACAGGUUGAGAAUCGAAUGAAUGAAAUGUCGGAAAAAAUCCUCCUUCUCCAAUCUGCUCUCUCUAAAAUGAAGACUGAUUCAUUGGAUGCCGAAAAACGAGUUGAAGCUUUGGAGGAAGAGGUACAACUUCUUUGGUCUGCCCUGAGAAGGAACAACUUUGAGCUUCAUAUUCUGAUAUCUAAAGCACAAGAUACUGAAAAGACACUCGAAGAAGUCACUUUAAGAGUUGAAAAGAUGAACAAUAUUGUGACUGAACAGUGGAUUCAGGUUCAGCAUCUUGAGCAGGCUCUUCAUAUUACCAAAAUGAGGACUCUAAAGGCUCCAAGGCUAGCAAGCUUUACAAGAUGCACAUUCUUGAGGAUUACCAACACCCUUCUUGAUGAUCUUCGAGCACUGCAUUCCUAUGUAUCUCGUGAAAGGACUUCAGUCAGUUCACUUGUCUCACGGGCUAUGGAUCAGUUCAAGCGAUGCUCUUCAGUGGCUAAAAAGUAUCACCAUCAGCUUCAAGGUUUCAUAAAAAGUUUGAUGAAGAGAAAUGAAUUCACUGCAUCUCUUGCAAAUGAUGAAUUGAUUUUCUUCCUGGCUUCUGCUGUUAUCAUCUUCCCCGCAUUUAGUGCCUGGGUAUUGCUCUCAUCAUAAUUGGUUCUUCCCGCUUUCUAAGGUGACAACUGACAAGUUUCUUCCGACAACUGUGUUGAAGAACAUGAGAUAUACUUGAUCUCGAUCUUGUGUAUGAUAUACUUGGUUAUUUUGAUUUUGUACAAAUUCUGAAUGACUAUAGGGAAUAAAUAAGUGGAUCAGGAAAAGAAAAUGAAGUAGAUUUGCUUUAGCC